GGGGGGAAAAGCGCACGGCGCCCAAGGCGAGGUCGGCACUCCCCGUCCCCGCGGCUGGCGCAGGACCUCACUCGAGCGGAGCGCCCACGGGGAGCGGGUCGCGGGGCGGCGGCGGCGAGGAGGCGGCGAGAAGGAGUCGGUGGAGGCGAGGAGGCGAGGGCUGCGAGCCGAGUGGGGUCCCGGCCGCCCCGCGGGCCAAGGUCGACCCCCCCGCCCGUGGGCGAGCGCGCCAGCCGGCCCCCUGCCCGAGAGCCACCGCCACAAAGAGAACGCCGGCGCCAGCUCCCCAUGACUUCCUAAAGCGCGCGGUCCCCGCCGAGUCCGCUCCCUCCCGGGCCGUGGCCCGCGCCCCCGUGCGUCCCCGCGCGCCCCGACCCGCGCCCCGCCGGCAUGGACGUCCACACCCGCUGGAAAGCGCGCAGCCCGCCGCGCCCGGGCGCCCCGCUGCUGUCCCCGCCGCUGCUGCUGCUGCUGCUGCUGCUGCUGUGGGCGCCGCCUCCGAGCCGCGCAGCUCAGCCAGCAGAUCUCCUGAAGGUCCUAGAUUUUCACAACUUGCCUGAUGGAAUAACAAAGACAACAGGCUUUUGUGCCACGCGGAGAUCUUCCAAAGGUCCAGAUGUCGCUUACAGAGUCACGAAGGAUGCCCAGCUCAGUGCACCCACCAAGCAGCUGUACCCUGCAUCUUCAUUUCCUGAGGAUUUCUCCAUUCUAACCACUGUGAAAGCCAAGAAAGGCAGCCAGGCCUUCCUGGUCUCCAUCUACAAUGAGCAGGGCAUCCAGCAGAUCGGCCUGGAGAUGGGCCGCUCUCCCUUCCUCUAUGAGGACCACACGGGGAAACCAGGGCCAGAGGAUUACCCCCUCUUCAGGGGCAUCAACCUGUCCGAUGGCAAGUGGCACAGGAUCGCUCUCAGUAUCCACAAGAAAAAUGUCACCUUGAUCCUGGAUUGUAAAAAGAAGACCACCAAACACCUUGCCCGCAGUGACCACCCCAUAAUAGAUGUCAAUGGCAUCAUCGUGUUUGGGACCCGGAUCCUGGACGAGGAAGUGUUUGAGGGUGAUAUCCAGCAGCUGCUCUUCGUCUCGGACCACCGGGCUGCUUCCGAUUACUGCGAGCACUACAGCCCCGACUGUGACACAGCUGUCCCUGACAAGCCCCAGUCACAGGACCCCAACCCAGACGAAUACUACCCGGAAGGGGAGGGCGAAGGUGACACCUACUACUAUGAGUACCCCUACUACGAGGACACGGAGGACCCGGGCAAAGAGCCCGCCCCCACCAGGAAGCCCGUGGAGGCUGCUAGAGAGACCACAGAGAUUGCCGAGGAGCAGACCCCACCCGCCACGGCAGCCCCUCCGGUGCCCGACGCCAGCGAGGGGGCGAGGGAGGAGGACCCCGGCCUAGGGGACUAUGACUACAUGCCCAGCGAGGACUACUACACGCCCGCCCCUUACGAUGACAUGAACUACAGCGAGGGCUUCGAGAACCCCGACCAGUCCCCUGACCAUGGCGCAGGGGCCGAGGCCCCCACCAGCACUGUCGGCACCGGCAACUCCUCCAACCUGGCUCCACCUCCGGAGGACGACUUGGAAGGGGAGUUUACUGAAGAAACCAUCCGGAACCUGGACGAGACUUACUACGACCCCUACUACGACCCCACUGUCUCCCCGUCGGAGAUAGGGCCGGGCAUGCCCGCCAACCAGGACACCAUCUACGAAGGGAUUGAAGGACCACGAGGCGAGAAGGGUCAGAAGGGAGAGCCUGCCAUCAUUGAGCCGGGCAUGCUCAUGGAGGGGCCGCCGGGCCCUGAAGGUCCCGCGGGUCUCCCAGGACCUCCGGGAACGAUGGGCCCCACUGGCCAAGUGGGUGACCCUGGAGAGAGGGGUCCCCCUGGACGCCCAGGCCUUCCUGGGGCUGAUGGGCUGCCUGGUCCUCCUGGAACCAUGCUCAUGCUGCCUUUCCGCUUCGGAGGGGGCGGUGACGCUGGCUCCAAAGGCCCCAUGGUGUCGGCUCAGGAGUCCCAGGCUCAAGCCAUUCUGCAGCAGGCCCGGCUGGCCUUGCGGGGGCCGGCUGGCCCGAUGGGUCUUACUGGGAGACCCGGCCCCAUGGGCCCUCCAGGGAGUGGAGGUCUGAAGGGCGAGCCGGGAGACAUGGGGCCUCAGGGACCCCGAGGUGUGCAGGGCCCACCUGGCCCGUCUGGAAAGCCUGGAAGAAGGGGCCGAGCUGGGAGUGACGGAGCAAGAGGGAUGCCUGGACAGACUGGCCCCAAGGGUGACCGCGGCUUCGACGGCCUGGCCGGACUGCCGGGGGAGAAGGGCCACCGGGGUGACCCUGGUCCUUCUGGGCCGCCAGGACCCCCAGGAGAUGACGGAGAACGGGGUGACGACGGAGAAGUCGGGCCCAGAGGGCUGCCUGGGGAACCUGGGCCACGCGGUCUGUUGGGGCCGAAGGGGCCCCCGGGACCUCCUGGACCUCCGGGUGUGACGGGGAUGGAUGGCCAACCAGGCCCAAAAGGAAACGUGGGCCCCCAGGGAGAGCCCGGCCCCCCAGGACAGCAGGGUAAUCCAGGUGCCCAGGGUCUUCCAGGCCCCCAGGGUGCCAUCGGUCCUCCAGGGGAAAAGGGUCCCCUGGGUAAACCAGGCCUCCCAGGAAUGCCCGGUGCCGACGGACCCCCGGGGCACCCUGGCAAAGAAGGCCCUCCAGGAGAGAAAGGAGGCCAGGGUCCGCCUGGCCCCCAGGGCCCAAUCGGCUACCCGGGUCCUCGAGGAGUCAAGGGGGCAGAUGGCAUCCGCGGUCUGAAGGGCACCAAGGGCGAGAAGGGUGAAGACGGUUUCCCUGGGUUUAAAGGAGACAUGGGCAUCAAGGGUGAUCGGGGGGAGAUCGGCCCCCCUGGUCCUAGAGGAGAAGAUGGCCCUGAAGGCCCGAAGGGUCGUGGAGGUCCGAAUGGUGACCCUGGUCCUCUGGGACCCCCUGGGGAGAAGGGAAAACUCGGAGUGCCAGGAUUACCGGGUUACCCAGGAAGACAAGGACCCAAGGGUUCUAUUGGAUUUCCUGGCUUUCCUGGUGCCAACGGAGAGAAGGGUGGCAGGGGCACGCCUGGGAAGCCAGGACCACGGGGGCAACGAGGCCCGACGGGUCCGCGGGGUGAACGAGGCCCCCGGGGCAUCACUGGGAAGCCUGGCCCCAAGGGCAACUCUGGAGGCGAUGGCCCGGCCGGCCCACCGGGUGAACGGGGACCCAACGGACCCCAAGGACCCACCGGUUUCCCUGGACCCAAGGGCCCCCCUGGCCCCCCGGGCAAGGACGGGCUCCCGGGGCACCCCGGACAGAGAGGAGAGACCGGUUUCCAAGGCAAGACCGGCCCCCCAGGGCCCCCGGGCGUCGUCGGCCCUCAGGGUCCCACGGGAGAAACUGGUCCGAUGGGCGAGCGUGGCCACCCUGGGCCCCCAGGCCCCCCUGGGGAACAGGGGCUCCCGGGCCUGGCCGGGAAAGAAGGGACGAAGGGUGACCCAGGUCCUGCCGGCCUCCCUGGGAAAGACGGCCCUCCUGGGUUACGUGGCUUCCCUGGGGAUCGAGGGCUUCCGGGCCCAGUGGGCGCACUCGGACUGAAAGGCAGUGAAGGCCCCCCUGGCCCGCCAGGCCCCGCGGGAUCUCCGGGGGAGAGAGGCCCGGCCGGUGCUGCUGGGCCCAUUGGAAUCCCAGGGAGACCUGGGCCCCAAGGACCUCCAGGGCCGGCUGGGGAGAAAGGAGCUCCUGGCGAGAAAGGGCCCCAAGGCCCAGCUGGCCGUGACGGCCUCCAGGGUCCCGUGGGGCUCCCCGGUCCAGCUGGCCCCGUGGGCCCCCCUGGGGAAGAUGGAGAUAAGGGAGAGAUCGGGGAGCCUGGACAGAAGGGGAGCAAGGGGGACAAGGGCGAGCAGGGUCCGCCCGGGCCCACCGGUCCACAGGGCCCCAUCGGACAGCCAGGCCCCUCCGGAGCCGAUGGCGAGCCAGGCCCUCGCGGCCAGCAAGGCCUCUUCGGGCAGAAAGGUGACGAAGGUCCAAGAGGUUUUCCUGGGCCCCCUGGGCCAGUGGGGCUGCAGGGCCUGCCAGGACCUCCCGGAGAAAAGGGGGAGACCGGGGACGUGGGUCAGAUGGGCCCCCCAGGUCCCCCCGGCCCCCGAGGACCCUCUGGAGCUCCAGGCGCUGAUGGGCCGCAAGGGCCUCCGGGCGGGAUAGGCAAUCCUGGUGCUGUGGGAGAGAAGGGUGAGCCUGGUGAAGCUGGAGAGCCUGGCCUGCCUGGAGAAGGGGGCCCCCCGGGACCCAAGGGAGAAAGGGGUGAGAAGGGCGAGUCAGGCCCUUCAGGUGCGGCUGGACCCCCGGGACCCAAAGGCCCCCCUGGGGACGACGGACCCAAAGGCAGCCCCGGCCCUGUUGGUUUUCCCGGAGAUCCUGGUCCUCCUGGAGAGCCUGGCCCCGCGGGUCAAGAUGGCCCCCCUGGUGACAAAGGGGACGAUGGUGAGGCCGGACAAACGGGAUCCCCAGGCCCUACUGGCGAACCAGGACCGUCGGGGCCUCCAGGAAAAAGGGGCCCCCCAGGCCCCGCAGGCCCCGAAGGCAGACAGGGAGAGAAGGGAGCCAAGGGGGAAGCUGGCUUGGAAGGCCCUCCUGGGAAGACUGGCCCCAUUGGGCCCCAGGGGGCCCCCGGGAAGCCCGGGCCUGAUGGCCUGCGAGGGAUCCCGGGCCCUGUGGGUGAGCAAGGUCUCCCGGGCUCCCCAGGCCCUGAUGGCCCCCCUGGCCCCAUGGGUCCCCCGGGACUCCCCGGCCUCAAAGGAGAUUCUGGCCCCAAAGGGGAAAAGGGUCAUCCAGGCUUGAUCGGACUCAUCGGACCUCCCGGUGAACAGGGUGAAAAGGGUGACCGUGGGCUCCCCGGCCCCCAGGGCUCCUCUGGCCCUAAGGGAGAACAGGGCAUCACUGGACCUUCUGGCCCGAUCGGCCCCCCGGGCCCUCCCGGCUUGCCGGGUCCUCCUGGGCCAAAAGGUGCUAAGGGCUCCUCGGGUCCCACUGGCCCGAAGGGUGAGGCAGGCCACCCGGGCCCCCCCGGCCCGCCGGGUCCCCCCGGCGAGGUCAUCCAGCCCCUGCCAAUCCAGGCGUCCAGGACCCGGCGGAACAUCGACGCCAGCCAGCUGCUAGAUGACGCGGCCGGUGAGAACUACGCAGACUACGCGGACGGCAUGGAGGAGAUCUUCGGCUCGCUCAACUCCCUGAAGCUGGAGAUAGAGCAGAUGAAGCGGCCCCUGGGCACGCAGCAGAACCCCGCCCGCACGUGCAAAGACCUGCAGCUCUGCCACCCCGACUUCCCGGACGGUGAGUACUGGGUGGAUCCUAACCAGGGAUGCUCCAGAGAUUCCUUCAAAGUUUACUGCAACUUCACAGCCGGAGGGGCGACGUGCGUCUUCCCCGACAAGAAGUCCGAGGGGAGUAAAAUGGCCCGCUGGCCCAAAGAGCAACCUUCCACCUGGUAUAGUCAGUACAAGCGAGGGUCCCUGCUCUCCUACGUGGACGCCGAGGGCAACCCCGUGGGCGUGGUCCAGAUGACCUUCCUGCGGCUGCUGAGUGCCUCCGCCCACCAGAACAUCACCUACAACUGCUACCAGUCGGUGGCCUGGCAGGACGCAGCCACGGGCAGCUAUGACAAGGCCAUGCGCUUCCUGGGCUCCAACGACGAGGAGAUGUCCUAUGACAACAGCCCCUACAUCCGCGCCCUGGUGGAUGGCUGUGCUAUGAAGAAAGGGUAUCAGAAGACUGUUCUGGAGAUCGACACACCCAAGGUAGAGCAAGUACCCAUUGUGGACAUCAUGUUCAAUGAUUUCGGUGAAGCGUCACAGAAAUUUGGAUUUGAAGUGGGGCCGGCUUGCUUCCUGGGCUAGGAGCCGCGAGCCCGGCCCCCAAGAGCAACCUCGUGACCUCAGCGCGCCGUCUGCAGGCGUCCUGGACAGUGAAGGCCCCUCGUCCCUCCCCCGACCUCGUCUGCGCCUGGCUCCGCACCGAGCCAGACCCUAAACCCACAGAGAGCAAAGGGAAAGAGCCGAGUCCCCCACCCCGGAGCCGAAUCACAUGACCUAGAUGGCCCCCAGCCACCGGGCCCCACCGCUUUGUCAGCCCCGUUCCGUCCCCACCGCUCACGGCAGGGACCGGGACCGGGCCACACCUCCUGCUGCCAAGCCGGCCGAUCCGACGCCUGCAUGGAGAGGCCGCUGGGCCCGGGCGUGGGGCUGCAGUAUUUGGAGAUCACUUUUUCUUUUUAAAUUCAACUUGAAGAUGCGUAUUUCCCCUGACCUUCAAAAAAUGUUCAGAGGCAAGCCUCGUAAAGGUCAACCCCACCCAGCCAGAGCCUCUGUUUUUAACUACACGAUCCAUUCAUGGGCCAAAUGUCAUUCUGCAUGUGCCUUUCCGAUGGAUUAAAGGUGCUUUCGUCUUUGUGAGUUUUAAGUAAAUAUUUGUAUUGUAUUGUCA